UUGACUGCUCGCAUGUUUCGAUUAAUUAAUUCUUCUCCUUUAAUGAUUUUUAUGAAGGGGAAGCCCAGUGACCCGCGUUGUAAAUUUUCACGUGCGUUAAUUGAACUUCUUGAUUCGAAUAAUCUCAUUUACGAAACUUUUGAUAUAUUAAUUGAUAAUGAUAUCCGCGAAGGUUUAAAAAAGCAUUCUCAUUGGCCCACGUAUCCUCAAGUGUAUGUUAAAGGAGUUUUGGUGGGCGGUCUUGAUAUUGUUCAAGAGCUGAUUGCUUCAAAGGAGUUUUUUUCUCUACUUCCUUCCUCUUGUUAUAAAGAAAGCGCUAAGGCCCUUCACGCGAGGCUGAAAAAUCUUAUCCAAACCAGUAAAGUCGUACUUUUCAUGAAGGGUACGCCCGACCAACCAAAGUGUGGCUUUAGUAAAACGAUGGUUGAUCUUCUUAAGUCUUCCGAUAUUGGCAAAUUUGAAACUUUUGAUGUAUUAUCCGAUGAACAUGUGCGUCAAGGGCUUAAGGAGUACUCGAACUGGCCUACUUACCCCCAACUUUAUGUAAAAGGACAGCUGGUAGGCGGAGUAGACGUGGUUAAGCAACUGGUGGAAACGGUUGCCCCACAUUUACUGAAAGUCGAUUUUUACCACCACUGCUAUUCGUACUCUACAAGGGUGGACUGUCUUUGCACAUCAACUCUCAUACGCGGGUCGCCCCCGUCCUACCCCGUUGGACACCCUAACCAUCUUUUAGCAGAUGGGCCCUUUUCCGACUGGGAGUUCAAGCCAAAGGCGAAAGACAAGUACAUAAUUUUAAAAUAAGAAAUAAACCUUUACUCGGUCGAGUGCCAGAAACUUUAAUAAAUAAAUAAAUGGGAGCCGGGAUCUUUUCCUUGG